CCUACCAAAAGCUGACCAACAAAUUUUGUUGGUUCUAGGCAAUUCUGUCGUGGGCAAAACAUUUUUCUGAUCUUGAUUUCGUACGUUUAACCGAAUACUCAUCGCUAAUUACUUUGUCAUAUGUUAUCUCAUCAUUUUAUUUUAUCGUUCAAAAAUUUUUGAUACCACAACAUCUUUUGAGCUCUGCCGUGGGAGUGCAACUAACUCAUUCACCUUCAUUACACAUCAAAAAAACAAUGCACCAUGAAAUAUUACAAAGAUGAGCGCUGAUACAUCACGCUUCAUCAUUCGUUGAUCAAAUUGAAAACGACCACGUAUUUUUAAAAUAAACAAUCCCUUAAGAUUAACGAAAUGACCAAAACCGCCGAAAAAUCAAUGGAACAGGAAAAAAAUACGACAGAGAAUACGCUUAAGAAACAAGAAGAAUCCGAUGAAGGGAGUCAUGUGGCUCACAGAAGCGAUUCGGAUGAUGGGAAUACCAUAGUUUUAACUAGUCGGCCGAUAAAUAUGACGCGAAGGACUAUGUUGUCUAUUGGACCGGGUGGUAUUCCCAUAAUAAGAGACAUUAUCAUCAUUGAGACAGAGGCCUCGCUCUCCCGCUUACUCUAUGUUCUAGGGCUACUAUUCGUAUAUUGUGUGAUAUUACAGGGCAUUUUGCUCCUUUGGGAGCGUUACUAUCCGAAGAGCUGCAAGUUAACGGUUGGCCUCGUUCUAUGGUUCUUUCCGUUUUUUUACGCUAUAUUCAAAAAAAAGUUCGUUUUUGUGGCAUUAUGGAUUGUUUACAAUCUGUGUCUUUUCGUCCUUUUUAGAAAAGUGUUUUUCAGGCCUAUUGAUCGCAAUGCGCCCAGGAGAAUUUACUCGUUUUUCAAUCGUUUCUUUCAAAUAUGUCACUUCACUGUGAUUAUGUGUAUUGUGGGCAUGGCCGCCUCGAUUAUUGUGAGGCGAUCGUGGUUGCUUAAUAUUUUUUUGCUGAUUUUUAUUUAUAUCCUGUACUAUGCAGUGCUCUCACAAGAAAUAAUUAUGUUCAAUUCUGAAUUGAUGGCCCUAAACGUGGGUUACUACUCCAAAGAUGCCGUUCCCGCCAAAAUACUCACGGACCAUACAUGCUGUGCACUGUGUGAUCAGAAGAUAGAUUCACAGUCUGUUACACUCAAUUGCACGCAUAAGUACCAUUCAACAUGUAUCAAAGGAUGGUUUCUCAUAUCAAAGAAGGAGUUCUGUCCGCUUUGCAAAGAGAAGAUGGGUGUUGAGAAGCUCAUGGACGGAUUCGUGAAAGGUGAAAUGUAUUUCACGGUGUUUAUGGACAUUUUGAGACGCGGAAUAAUUUUCUGUCUGAUGUUUGUGCUAGUGGUGUUGUAUGGUAGACUAUGAUUAGGGAUUAAAACGUUGCUAGUUGAUACCUGUGAAUUUUCAUUAAAUAUUUCUAAUCACGCAAA